AAAUAGGACAUCUCAAACGCGCCAAAUAUUAUUAGUUGUGUUACAUUCAUGCCUGUUAAAGUACCGAAGCCUAUUGCCAAAUAUCUCAGCGAGCAGGUGGCUCAUCGAAUAAAAAUUCUAGAGGCGGCUUUAAUUGAGAUUCAUGAUCUUGACAAUCGAAUGAAAAUGGAAUUACUAUCAUUGAAUUCUUUGGCAGAGUCGAAUGGUACCGAAAUCGAUGAGGUUCAAUUGACACAUAAAUCUUUAACCAAUGAAGAAUUAUUGGACCGUCCCAUGCAUAUACAUAAUAAUGAUGACGAUGAUGGAAAAUAUGAAGUGGUGAAUUUAAAUGAAAUUGCUGAUUAUGAAGCAUCAAUUAAUAUUAUAGACAAGGAAAUCAAAUCUACUAGUAUUAGUCCUUCAUCUCUUCGUACGUUAAGAACUCAGAAUGAUACACUGGAUGAUGAUCAUGAUGACAAUGAUUAUAAUAAUAAUGGUAACCACUCCAAUGGUCAAAAAUUCAAUUAUCUCUCCGGUCUUAUCAAUAAUCACUUAUUGAAUUCUAUCCCAAAAGAGCAUAGAUAUACAUCACAGACUUCAUUGUUACCCCCUAAAAGGCUGAGAAUAUCUGGAGAAAUUUCACCUGAUAGAGAAUUAAAAUACCGUAAAUUCAGCAAUCAAAGUUCACCAUGUAAUGUUGACCACUAUUAUCAUCAUCAUAGUUAUUCAGAUGAUAGUUCACUAAUUGAUACAAGUAGUCUUCGAGCUACUGCUUCUUCUUCUUCUUCUUCUUGUUCAUCAAGUAAUGAGGAAAUUUAUACAAAGACUGGAUAUGUUGAAGGUUAUGUACAUACUGAACGUAGUGGUUCACCAUCUCUUAUACGAUUUACAGAAAAUGUUUACAUACGUGAAGAAGACGAUGAUGAUGAUGAUGGUGAUGAUUAUUAUGAUACUAGAUCCACUGAUGGAUCCCGAUCGACAAAAACACCGGGUCAUUAUAUUUCCUAUUUGUCAGAGAUAUUUGAAAGUAUUCAAAAGUAUAAAUUAACUCUGACACUGGCUGUUUUAAUAUUGAUUUCGUUUUAUACACUAUGUAAAUAUUAUGAUUCUUCCCUUUUUACAACAUUCUUUUCUUCGUCUACUUCUUCUGAAGAGUCUCUCUUAUUACCUAUGCGAAAAGCUCGAUCAGAAAAAGUGAUAAAGCAGUUAUCUGACGAAUAUAAGGAUCAACCAAAACGUAUUUGGGCUCAGAUUCGUUCAGCUUUACAGUCACCUCAGCAAUAUGAAUCUACUUCUGUUAACGGUAGAAUUCCUCCUAUAGUGCUACUUUUAGUGAAUCGUUGUGUACAGCCUGUGAAUGGUCGAGUUCCCUGUACUACAUCUAGUUCUGAUCAUGGUGAUGGCGAUGAUGAUAGCAGUAAAAGCAAUACUUUAUUUCAAUGUUUCAUUUCACGUCUUGGCCAGUUAAUCAAUAGUGAAUACUUGUCGAAUAGUUCAAAUUCAUGUUCAACUCUAGGAGAUUAUCCUUUAACCUCUUUAAAUGAACACAAGAUUGAUCAAAUCAAAUUGGAUUUAGAUAAUCAAUUAAUUGAUUUGUACAAAUCUGGUACACGUUGUUUUCACUUCACUUCAAUUGAUCGAUUGCCAGCUAAGCUUAUUCCAUUGUUCCAUGGUUAUACAGAUGUGGAGAAUUCAAUUUAUUCCAAUGCUGUUCUGUUGAUAAGUUUAUCGAAAACAUUUGUAACUAGUUCACCACAGAAUUGUACAAAACGAUCUGAACACAUACUGCCUGGUUGUCAAACACCUGGUCAAUUCGAGCAUCAAGUUAAUAAAUAUUUACGAUCUCUGUGGAAUAAACAUUUGGGCAAUGAAGAAGUUGAUGCGUUGAUCUCUCGUUUAACUUUGAAUAUUAUAGUUUUUCAUACUUUUAGUGAUCAUUUAGAAAUAAACUCAAUCUGUUCUCGUUAA